AUGAUGCUUAAGGGCAAGGUUACUCGCAAUAUUAUGUGUACUAAUUCUGAUGCUAUUGAUGAUGGAGGAGGAGGAGGAGGAGGAGGAAGAGGAGGAGGAAGCGGAGGAGGAGCCGCGGAUAACAUGGGCACUGGAUUUAGAUCCAUAGAAAGAUAUGGUCCUGGAUUCUUUGGUAUUAAAUUGAAGAUUCCAGCUAAGAAGACCACUGGAAUCAUCACAACCUUCUACUUAAUUUCGCAACCGAAUGAUGAUGAGCAACGACAUGAGGUGGAUUUUGAGUUCUUAGGUUCUGAUACACAGCAUUAUCUGCUAAGCACAAAUGUGAUUUCCAAUGGCAACUUACAUAGAGAGCAGCAGUUUGCUUUAUGGUUUGAUUCUGCUGCAGAUUUCCAUUUUUACCAAAUUCUGUGGAAUCGACACCAAUUAGUGUUAUUUGUGGAUGGCACCCCUAUAAGAGUGUUGAAGUAUGGCCCAAGUAUUGAAGGGAUUUUUCCAACAAAACCCAUGGAAAUACAAGGCACUAUAUGGAAUGCAACAUGGGGAUCCCAAGGAAAAGCAGUUAACUGGGGUGUAGGACCUUUCCAUGCCUACUAUCAAGGAUUUGGCGUUGAUGGGUGUUCUGCGAAGUUGAAUAAUCCUCGAGAAUGCUAUAGUCUCCGUUAUGAGUGGAACAGAAAAGAGUUCUGGGAAUUAAACCAGCAUCAGCAAAAUGCAUAUGAACAUGUUAGAAGGAAGUACUUAACAUAUGACUGCUACACGAAAACCAGCAGUCCAACCCCAGAAUGCAAGAUCAACUACUAG